AUGACACGUGACAAGACCACACUAAUAGACGGACAGACCGGCAAACAGACUGACAUAACAGGUCAGACCAAACGUUGUGUGGUCAGAGAUGAGGCUGGUCUCCUGAAACUGAAGCUUGGUGUGCUGGUCCUUCUCUGGGUCAUCUUGGGACCUUCUGUAGCCACAUUUAAAGUGCUCACUCAAGAAAGCGAUGAUGUCACAUACUGCGAUGUCAGCAUUCUCCAGCCAUCUCACAGUAAACAGCUGGACAACCCCGAUGGAAUCGUGUUAUUGGGUGCUGAUGAGUCAGGAAAGAGUACGAUUGCCAAACAGAUAAAAAUUAUCUAUGGAGGAGGUUACUCAGAAGAAGAGCGUAAACGGUACAAGGCUGUGGUCCACAGUAACACCAUCCAAUCCAUUACCGCCAUUAUCCGCGCCAUGGGCCGACUCGAGAUCGAAUUUGAAGAUGCAGCACGAGCAGAUGACACAAGACAGCUGUUUGAAGCGGCCGGCUCAGCGGAGGAGGGCUUUAUGUCAUCGGAGCUGGCUGGAGUGAUUCAGCGACUGUGGAGGGAUGGCGGAGUGCAGGCCUGCUUCAGCCGCGCCAGAGAGUACCAGCUCAACGACUCAGCGGCAUAUUACCUGAAUGAUCUGGACAGGAUAUCUCAGGCCACCUAUAUUCCCACCCAGCAGGAUGUGCUAAAAGCCCGAGUGGAAACCACAGGCGUCGUUGAGACUAACUUCAUAGUCAGGGACUAUUAUCAUUUCAAGAUGAUUGAUGUCACAGGUCAGAGGUCAGAAAUGAAGAAGUGGAUCCACUGCUUUAACGAGACCACGGCGAUUAUCUUCUGUGUGGCACUGAGUGACUAUGACCAGGUCUCGGGAGAGGAUGAGGAGAUGAGCCGAAUGUACGAAAGCCUGAAAUUGUUUGACAGAAUCUGCAACCGACGCAUGGGCUCCCAGAUUCUUCUCUUCCUCAACAAGAAAGAUCUGUUUGAAGAGAAGAUAAAGAAGACCCCACUCACCGUUUGUUUUCCAGAAUAUGCAGGAUCCAACACGUACGAGGAGGCUGCAGACUACAUCCAGCGUCAGUUUGAGAGCCUGAGUAAGAACCGUGACAUCUACACCUACUUCACGUGUGCGACGGACACAAAGCACAUGCAGUCUGUCUUUAAUGCUGUCACUGAUGUUGUCCCCCCUUGUAGCGGCUGCAAUUUGGACCUUUGUCAAUUUUGA